AUGAGCGUUUUGUGGAUGACUCCCAACGGCGCGUUUUGUGCUAACCACGCCUCACGCUUAUUGUACCCUUCGUUCGCGUUGUCUCUAAUCGCGCACUACUGUUUUGAUAUCAUGGAUUUCGGUUUCGGCCUCUUCCAAACCAAACGGCAAAGCCCCGACCCGCCGAAAUCCGCAUCAGGCGCAUCAGGAGCACCAUCAGCUACAAGCCCCCGCGCAUUCACAGCCCCAGGCUCGGAUUCUUCCUCCUCGUCUCUCCUCUCCUUCGGUCCGUACCUACCACUAGCAACCGCCAGCGACGCUACUAGCAGCAAGCCUCUGUGCGCAUCAGGCGCCGCGAUUCCCGCUGGGUCUAUUUCCUCCACCUCCUCCUCUUCCCACGGUCAGGUCACUGCCAGCGCGAAACGCGGCGGGACUUCCGGCGCAACUCGUGCUGGUUUGCCUGCCGGGGGUAGGGAUUCAGGGGGAGGUGGAUAUGGGGGCGGUGGUUAUGGGGGAGGAACCGGGAAAGGUUUUGCCUUUUCCAGAGUGAGUGGUGAUAGGAUGGAUGGAAGAGGAGCGGUGAGGACUGUUGUGGGUGGCGGUGGCGGUGGCGGAGGUGGUAACCAUGCUACCAGCGGUUUUGAUGGUGAAAGCAGUGGUGUUAGUGGUGCGGGUAGGAUAAAUGAUGAGGACUAUGGAGAAGAAGAGGAGGAUGACGCGGAAGAGGAGGAGGAGGAGGAAGAGGAGGAGGAUGAGGAGGAUGAGGAUGACUGCGAGGAGAAGGAUGAUGACGAGGAGGAGGAUGACGAGGAAGAGGAAGAGGAGGAGAUGGGCUAUAUACUGUCACAGGGAAGGGCGAGACGAAGAGGCAGGGAAGAUGCAGAUGCAGGGGAGGAGACGGUGGAAGGAGUGGCGUCCGGAUUCGGCGUAUCUCCGUACCUGCAGUCGUCGUACGGCUCGUCGUCCUCCGAGUGUCCAGAUGCAGUGAAUCUGGAGGCGAAUAGCAAGCUCUGGGAGACGCCGCCUCCGGAUUUGUCUGCACUUGGGGGAGUGCUACCAGGCAGUGUGGACGCACGGGAGAGGCUAAGGGAGGUGGUGGAGGGGCAUUUCAGCGCGCUAGUGGAGCAGAUGCUCAAAGCAGAGGGGCUGCAGGCAGGGGCCGAGGGAGACCCCGAGGGAUGGCUUGAAGUGGUUCGGCGCCUGGCGUCCGAAGCUGCGUCGCUGGUUCGGCCAGACUCAAGCUCGAUGGGAGGAUAUAUGGAUCCCGGAGGGUACAUUAAAGUGAAGUGCAUCGCAGGGGGCAAGCGUAGUGAGAGCUGUGUGGUGGACGGCGUGGUGUGUCGCAAGAACGUGGCCAACAAGCGCAUGGCAUCAGACAUUCGGUGGCCGCACAUUGCACUGCUCGCCUCCACCCUCGAGUACCAGCGCUGCCCCAACCGCCUCUCCUCCAUUGACACACUCCUCGCCCAGCAAGAGACCCAUCUGCGCCACAUGCUGCAGAAGAUCGAGCGCAAGUUCCCGCGCCCUGCCCCCCAACAAGCCCCCUCGCAAGCCUACCCGCAAGGCCACCAACAAGGCUACCCCCAAGGCUACUCCCAAGGGCCGCCCAGCAGCUACGGCGCACUCUCUGUUCCAACCACACCCUCAGGAGCAGCAGUGGGGGCAAGGGGCCAGGGUUUCCGGGGUGAAGGGGAGUCAGGUUCAGGGCUGACGAGGCAGACUGGGGUGAUUGGCAGUGGUGCUUUCGGUGGUGUUAGUGGGGGUGGGGGGUCUGCUGUUGGGGGGUUUGGGGUCUCUGCGCUGCCAGCUGGCGCGGGCGGGCAGAUGGGCGGGCAGGCGGGCGGGCAGGUGGGCGGCAGUGUGCUGCUAGUGGAGGGCACAGUAUCCGGCUUCGCGCAGCAGUGGAUGGUGGAGCAUCGCAUGUCUCUCGUCUUCAACGUCAAGCGCUCUCUCCUAGAGAGAGUGGCGCGCUGCACGGGAGCUAAAGUUGCUCAGUCCGCUGAGACUCUUGACAGGCUGGGCCAGUGCCAGCGGUUCUGGACAAGGAAGUUUGUGGAGGAGUGGGAUGCGGUGGGGAGCGGUGGCGGUGGGGUGGGGGUGGAGGGAGGUGUGGGGGGUGGCAGGGGGAGGGGGUCUGGGAUGGGUGCAAGUGGAGUUGUUAGUGGUGGUGGUGGCGGGGGCAGCAGUGUUGCCACUGCUGCUGCUGGUACUGCUGUUGGGGGUGGUCGCAAGAACGUGAAGACGCUGUUGUUUCUUGAAGGCUGUCCAAUCCCUCUCGGCUGCACUGUGCUGCUGAUGGGGGCGCCCACAGCGGAGCUGAAGAGGGUGAAGCGGGUGAUGCACUUUGCAGUGUUCGCCUCCUACCACCUCGCCCUUGAGACCUCCUUCCUUGCAGAUGAAGGCGCCCUCCCCCCCGGCAUCGCUCCCUGCCCCCCUCUGUGUGCCGCAUUACCUCCUCCUGCUCCUGCUGCUCCUCUCAUUUCCGCUCCUCCUGCUGCUGCCCCGUUUCCCCCGUUUCCCGCCGUUUCUGUUGACCCUCCUCCUCCUCCUCCUGCUGCUGCCGUUGCUGGCACGGCUUUCUCAGGUGAAUCUGCUGCUGUUGAUGCUCCUGCAAGGCCUGGAGAUGGUGGGAUUGGGGAGGAUGAAGGUGGGGAGCGAGAUAGACUAGCACAGGCACAGGUCUCUGGUGCUCUGAUCAGCUCUCAUCUGCCAGCUGGCGUGCCGCCAUCGGCCGGUGAUGCUCCGGCAGCGCAGCCUCAUCUGCUUGCUGAUGUCAUGGCUGCUGACGUGGCUUCCACGGAUAGGUUUUCUGCUUGUGUCGAUCCCUCAGCAACAGCUGCUGCUGGUGUCAUCGUCCUUCCUCCUACUAUAGUCACGUCUGUACCCGUUAGUAGCAGCAGCAGUGGCAGCAACAGGCCGUCACCUCGCCGAAUCGCACAGCUAUCAGCAUCCCUCUGGGCCAGUGGGGUGCCUGCUGUGAGAGAGAGUGGGGAGGGUGUGAGGGAGAGUGGGGAGGGUGUGAGGGAGGGUGGAGGAGUUGUUGAAAGACAGGGUCGAGAAGAGGAGGUGGUGGGUACUGGGGAAACAGGAGGAGAAGGAAGAUCAGGUGGAGGUGCAGAGGGUGCAGGACAGGUGGCAGGAGACACAGCAGGAGAGGCGGCAGGGGGAGCAGCAGGCAUUGGCGAUGGCGAGGGAAGGCAGAGGGAAGCAAAUGUGGCAGCACAAAGAGGGGCGAUGGAGAGCAAGACUCCCUCAGUAGCUGCAGCUGCAGCACCAGCGCCGCCAAAGUCUCAUUGGCCGUCACCAGCGCCACCAGCAGAGGCAGCAAGAGAGGAGAAAGCAGAGGCAUCAGGUGGUGAGAGGAUGGUGUGUGGAUCAGCACAAGGGCAACAGCCACAGGUGGGUGAGGAGCUGAAUGUGAAGCAAUCUCAGCAGGCUGCAGGGGUGCUUUCUCCUCCUACUCCUCCACAGCAGCCGCAGCCGCAGCAGGCGCAGCAGCGGCAGCAGGGAGGGGUUGGCAUAGCGAUUCUGCUGGAUGGAACAGACGCAGUGGAGGAACCACAUACUUCCGAUGCUUCUGGUGCCGGCGCUGGUGCUGCUGGUGGCGCUGGUGCUGCUGGUAGUAGGGAUGCGUUUCCAACUGCUGCUGCUCCUGCUGCUGCUGCUGCUGCUGCCAUUACUGGGGCCACAACGGCUGCUGUACAAAACAAGGCAGGUCUUAUGGAGGUUGCGCCCCCGUUUACCACCCCACAGGCAGCAGCACCCAGCCAAGGACGCCGCUUGCUUCUCCUUUGCGACAAAGCGCCUAAGGAGGUUGUCGAUGCCAUUCGCAAGGCCAACGAGGACAAGAAAGAGGCUAAGGCGGAGAAGCACAAGGCAGAGGAAGCUGCAGUUGAUGCUGUUACCGGUGGACCGUCAAAGAGAGGCAAAAUCACCGACUUCUACAACGAUGGUGCAACUGAUGCCAAGCGGAGGGCGGAUGAGGCGGUGUGCCUGUAUUUCGCAGCUAUGCGCGUCCCCGAGCACCACGCCGACCAUGUCCUCUUCCGCAACAUGUUGCGGGCCAUCGCGGAGGCGGGCACCGGAUACGUACCGCCCAAGCGCAAGUACGUUGGAGGUGCGGGUCUGCAGCAAUGCCGCAAGAGGAUUGAAGAAGGUUUGGCCCCGAUCGCGGGUAGCAGGCCGAAGGUGGGUGUGACAAUUGGCAGCGAUAUGAUGACUGAUAAGAGCGGCCGCGCGCAGGCGAAUAUCAUGCUCAUCAACGACAACGGCGCAAUGUUCGUCGAGAGCGUCGAUUGCGGCAUGGUGAAAAAAACGGGACGCUACAUUGCCAGCCUCCUGGAGCCGAUUGUGGAGAAAGUAGGGGCGCAGAACGUAGUGGCGUUGUGCACUGAUGGGGGCAGCAACUACGCCGCUGCAGGUCGGAAGUUGGUGGCGAAAUGGCCGCACAUUGAGCACGUGGCCUGCGCCACCCACGUGCUCGAUCUGCUCAUGGAGGACGUGGGCAAAAUGAAUUGGGCCAAGAAGCUUGUCGACCGCGGCUCCGAGAUUGUCACCUUCUUGCGCAAGCACCAUUGGACCCGGGCUUUCUUGAGGACCCCUGAACUCCAUGUGGGCGGUGGGGAAGCGCAAGGUGACGGGGGAGCAGCGUUUUUCGUGAAGCUGAUGCAGAUCCCUUUCAAAACCAUGCGGGCAACGGACUCGGCUGCUAAGGGCAUGAUGGGUCGUAUGUACGACCUCAUGCUCCAGCUUACCGAGGAUGUUGAGGCGGUGCUGGAUGCAGACGAGCAGCAGCUGAGCAGGGCGGAAAAGAGGGAGGUGUCACGCAUUGUCAAGGAGCGAUGGGAUCACUCCUUGGCAUGCCCCUUGCAUGUGGCUGGCCGGAUUUUGAAUCCGGCCAACCAAGAUGAGGAGAUUUUUGGGGAGGACGCAGAGUGCACGCGUGUGUUCAAGGAGUUCAUCUCCCGCGCAAACUCCUACCUGGAGAAGUACCGGAAGGGAGCCGGCACGUCGGGGUCGGGGAUGUCGUUGGAGGAGGGUGUUUCGGCGUACCUGGAUGGGGUUGGGAGCUUUGGGCAGCCGGAUGCGGUGGCUGCUCGGGAGAAGGUGAAGGCGGGGAAAAUGAGCGCAGUUCUUUGGUGGAAGUGGCAUGGGAGCACAUGCCCCGAGCUCGCGAGGAUUGCACGCCGUGUGCUUUCCCAGCCGGUUUCCGCUGCAUCGUACGAGCGGAACUGGGCGGUUUGGGAAUCGGUGCACACGGCGCGUCACAACAGGCUCGGCUCUGAAAAAUGCCGUGACCUCGUGUACGUUGCGCACAACUGGAACGUUGUGCGCAACUGGCACAAGGGUCCAGAGGAGGGGAUGGGGGUCAUGGAGGGGAAUAUCCCUGAGCCCCCCAUCCCUACUGGCUAUGUCGUCAAGGAGGGGGCGGAGGAGGAGGUGCUGGAGGAGGAUGAGGACGACUUGCUGGCUGACGAGCUUAUACCAUUUUCGAGGCGCCUCAAAAUUCCCUUCUCUCACGCUUAUACCCCCUCAUCCCUCCCAGCACUGCAAGUGCGGCAUGCCGUCACAGGACCAUGUGCACGUCGCUGCAAGUGCGGCAUGCCAUCACAGGACCAUGUGCGCGUGUACUCCCACAAGGAGGGUUCCCUCACCAUCUCCGUGUGCAAGGCAGACGACAUCCUCCCCCCCACACACCCUCUGCAACUGCCAGGGGGAGGGGGAGCAAGCGGGGGAAGAGGAGCCUAUGGGGGGGGGGGAGGGGGGUACGGGGGAGGCGGGGUGAGUGCAGGAGCAGGGGAGGGGGAUAUGGGGUGUGGAGGAGGGCAGGACUCUGCUGUGUCUGCUUCUGGCUCUGCUGGGGCUGCUGCUCUGGGCGGUGCGUGCCCGCCGCCCGCUGCCGCCCGGUGCAUCUGGAUGUGGCAUCGCUGCCGGCAGUGCCGCCCGGUGGACGGAGUGGCGCCGGCCACGCGCCGCGUGCUCAUGUCCGAGGCGGCAUGCAAGCUGUCGCUGGGAAAGUUCCUGGAGCUUUCCUUCACCAACCAUGUGGUGGUGGGGCGGCUGGCGGCCUGUGGGCACUCGCUGCACCGCGACUGCCUGCGCUUCUACCGGAGUGGCGAGAUGAUAGCUUGCCUGGCCUACUCGCCCAUGCACCUCUACUCCGUCUGCCUGCCCCCCCUGCGCCUCACCUUCAACCACCGCCAGCAGCAGCAAUGGCUCGUGGACGAGUUCAACGAUGUGAGUGCUGCUGCUGUUGACUUGGUUGACUGCGGCGUAGCAGAGGCAGCGGAGGUUAUCAUGGUGCAAUGCAUUUCACAGCACACCUGCAUGUCUCCCGUCCCUUUCUGCCCUACUCCUCACAUCCCACAGGUGGCGGAGGCAGCAGAGCGCGUGUUCAUGGACAUCAUGAACGCCCUUGAUGCCCUUGCAGCGCGCCUGGCACAGGGUGGCCCGCUGUCUGCUAGCCGCUUCCCCGAGGCACGGGCGAGCCUGGCGCUGCUGGAGGCGACUCUGCAGCGUGAUAAGGCAGUGUUUGAUAAAAAACUCCAGCAGGCGGCACCGGAUUUCAACCUGCCCGCCGGGCAGCCUGUGACAGACAUUUUGGAGCUGAACCAGGUGCGGCGAGAUCUGACUGUCCAAUUGGCCGAGUGGGCGGAGCGGCUGCAAAGAUUAGCGGCGGAGAUUCAGCAGCAACCACAGCAACGAGCAGCAGUCAUGGCAGCAACCCCAAUGCAAUCCGAAGCACCAGUAGGUGCACCUGAGGCAGCAGCAGCGUCAGAAACAGGUGGAGAAGAAGCAGGGCCAACGGAUGGCAGGGAAGGCGUUAGUCUAGCCAAAGGACAGGUGUCGCUCGGUGAUCCGUCACAAAAAGCAAGCCCGAGGGCAGCAGCAGCAGCAGCAGCAGGUGGAAGGAGGGUCUUUGGAGGGACAGAGGAGGUUAAAGAAGAGGGAGAGAGUGGGAAGAAGGCAGAGCAGGAAGGCGAGAGCAGUGCUGCUGGGAUCUUGUUGCUUGAUGGUGGGGAGGGAGGAGUGAAGGGGAGUGGGGUGGAUGGGAAGGGAGAGGAUGGAGUGGAGGAGAAGAGAUUGGAGGGAGUGGAGGGAGAGGGAGAGGAGGGAGAGGGAGAGGAGGGAGAGGAGGGCGUGAAGGAGAGUGGGGUGGAGAAGAAGGGAGAGGGUUUCAAGGAGAGUGAGGUGGAUGGAACCAUGGUGAUUAGCAGUGAGAACAGAGUGGGGGGAAACAGUGAGGCAGUGAUUCGCCACGUGGAGGGUGAUAUUGCUGAGAGUGACGUCAACAGUGCUGCAUCGCUGGUGGAGGGGCAGAGCAAGGUCGGUGAGGGGAGGGAUGGAGGACGAGAUGGGGGGGCGGAGGCAGGGCGGACGGAGGAUAGAGAGGAGAAAAUAGGGGAGGAGAAAAUGGGGGAGGAGAAGAGAGAGGAAGGCAAGACAGGAGAGGAGACGACAGGGGUAGAGAAGGUAGAGGAGGGAAACGAAGGGGAGGGGGGGGAAGAGGAGGGGAAUGCGUUGGACGAAAACGCAAUGGGAAAAGACGAGAUGAGUGUGGCAGAGGUUGCAGGUGAGGUGGAUAAGACAGCCGAAGUGGAUGCGGAACAGAUAGAGGAGGGGAAGGAGGAAUUGACUUGUCAGGCUGCUGAUGGCAUUAAUGGGGGGGGGAAUGGGAGGGAGAUGGCUCCCGAUGGUUCUGCAGAGUGCAGGGGAGCACAGGGCACAGGGCACAGGGCGCUGGCAAGUGGGUUGGAGCGUGGGAGGGACGCUGGUAGCUAUAGCUUCUCAGACUGGAGUGGAGAGGGGGGAGCGCGAGAGGAAGAGGAAUGGAGGGCUGUGAAAGGGGUUGAGGAGAGGAAAGAGGAGGGUGGAAUGAGAGGGGAUGAGGUUGAGGAGAGGAACAAGGCGGGUGGAACAAGAGGAGCUGUGGAUGAGGAGAGAGCAAGCACCACGGCGUCGCCGCUCUCCCGCUCGCCCUCCUUCCUCUCCCUGGCUGGCCCCUCCAGUGCUGUGCCGCCUCUGGCUUCCAUUGGCAAGCUGAACCCUCCGGCCUUGCUAGGAAGAGCUCACGUGCUCCUGCCACCCGGCAUCGGCGGGCGCAUCAUUGCUGUGUACGAGGACGAGCCCACGUCGCUCAUUGCGUACGCCAUCUCGUCCAAUGACACUCGUCGCACUGAUGGCUCUCCACCUGCUGCUGCUGCUAGGGCACCAGGACCCACAGCAGGCUGCAUAGAGACUGCAGCAGCAGCAGAUGCACAGUCCACAGCUGCAGGGGCAGCAGGGGGGAAACGAACAGCAGGGGAAGGAAGCGAAAUCGAUUGGGAGGCGAGAGGGGGAGGGGGAAAUGGAGCAGAGUUGGCGAGCUCAGGUGCUCCAGCAGCUGCAGCAGCAGCAGGAGCAGCAGGAAGAGCAGGAGCAGCAGGAAGAGCAGGAGCAGCAGGAAAAGAAGCGUACGGGAUGGCUGCAGGAGGAGCGGCCAGUGAGGCUGUGGAAGAGGCUAGAGCCCUUCGCGAAAGAGAUGGUGGAGGAGGUAGCGAUGGUCGGAGAUCUAGAGAAAGUAGUACUAGCGAUAGUGCAGCAGCAGCAGCAGCAGCAGCAGCGCCCUGUGGCAGUGGCAGUCCGGUGCCCGACGGAGGGCAGGCCCGGCAAGCCCAUGCGCUGCACGCUGCUUCUGCACAGAGUGCUGUAGAGGCAGGUAGAGAAGAUGGUGAGGGAGUGGAGAGCGGUGGGGUUAGAUCUAGUGCCGAGCUGAGAAUGCUGGCAGGAGCAGAGAGGGAUGGUGCUGGUCCUGGUGCUGGUGUUGCUGGUGAUGGUGAUGGUGGUGGUGCUGACACUGCAGGCGUGACACAAGGGCUGAAAGAUAGACUGGAACAAGAUAGACUGGAACAAGAUAGACUGGAACAUGAUAGACUGGAGCAUGGGUCCGUGCCUCAAGACACGUCUGCGACUGCAAGUGCUGAUAGUGGUGGGGGUGCUGCUGGCGAGACUUCUUUUGCCACUGCUGAUGGGCGUGGUGAUGUGGGAGGAGAGGAGGGAGCUUGCAAGCAAGAGGAGACAUCAUCACAAGACCAUCAACCAGCAUCCUCCAUGCAGCACGAACAAGUGCAACAAAAACCUUCAGAAGCAGCAUCGGAACCGUCACAGUCGCAGGAAGAACCAUUACAAGCACAACCAGAAGAGAGGCGAGCUGGGGGAGAGACAGAGCCAGUGCCAGUGCCAGUGCCAGUGCCAUCGCAAGGGGAACCGGAGCCCAUGCCAUCUCGGGGAGAAGCGGCUCCAGUGCCGUCCCGGGAUGAGCCAUUGCCAUCCCGAGAAGAGCCAGUGACAAUGCCCACUCAGGAGGACCCGCUGCUGUCCCGGGAGAAACGCCACUUUGACGCGCUCCGCCGCAAGUGCUGCUCUCCCUUCCCCCCAGCCACCGCCACUGCCUCAUCCGGCCAGCAGAAGGCUGUAGCUGACACAGGAGAAGGGGCAGCAGGGUCGGCAGGGGCAGCGGGGGCGGCAGGGGCAGGGGCGGCAGGGGAAGGGGUGGUGGACGGGAGUGGCGAUGUGGAGUUUGUGCGGUCGCUGUGCCGCUGCAAGCGCUGGAGUGCCGAGGGCGGCAAGAGCUCCGUGUAUUUCGCCAAGACUGCGGACGACCGGAUAAUAUCGCUCUCUGCUUUUUGCUCUCUCUCUCCUCUCUCCCUUUCCUCUCUCCCUCCUGCACUCUCCUCUCUGCACUCUCCUCUCGCUGCACUCCUCUCUGCACUCCCUCUCUGCACUCUCCUCACGCACUCUCCUCUCUGCACUCUCCUCUCUGCACUCUCCUCUCUGCACUCUCCUCUCUGCACUCUCCUCUCUGCACUCUCCUCUCUGCACUCUCCUCUCUGCACUCUCCUCUCUGCACUCUCCUCUCUGCACUCUCCUCUCUGCACUCUCCUCUCUGCACUCUCCUCUCUGCACUCUCCUCUCUGCACUCUCCUCUCUGCACUCUCCUCUCUGCACUCUCCUCUCUGCACUCUCCUCUCUGCACUCUCCUCUCUGCACUCUCCUCUCUGCACUCUCCUCUCUGCACUCUCCUCUCUGCACUCUCCUCUCUGCACUCUCCUCUCUGCACUCUCCUCUCUGCACUCUCCUCUCUGCACUCUCCUCUCUGCACUCUCCUCUCUGCACUCUCCUCUCUGCACUCUCCUCUCUGCACUCUCCUCUCUGCACUCUCCUCUCUGCACUCUCCUCUCUGCACUCUCCUCUCUGCACUCUCCUCUCUGCACUGCACUCUCUCUCCUCUCUGCACUCUCCUCUCUGCACUCUCCUCUCUGCACUCCCUCCUGCACUCUCCUCUCUGCACUCUCCUCUCUGCACUCUCCUCUCUGCACUCUCCUCUCUGCACUCUCCUCUCUGCACUCUCCUCUCUCUCUCACUCUGCCCUCUCCUCUCCCCUCUCUCCUCCUCCCUCGCUCCUCUCUCCUAUCUUUGCCCUAUAACCUUCCAUCCCGUGCAUGCGUGUGUGAGCAGGUGACAGCAAAGGGCGUGACUAUGGACGUGAUGGUCAUGGAGAACCUGCUCUACGGCCGUCGGAUCACCAAGCUCUACGAUCUCAAGGGCUCCCGUCGCUCCAGAUACAACGCAGACCGCUCCAAGAGCAGGGUACUGCUAGACGAGAACCUGCUAGAAGCCAUGCCCACGUCGCCCAUCUUCGUAGGGAAGCGGUCCAAGCAGCUGCUGGAGCGCGCUGUGUGGAACGACACGGCAUUCCUCGCGGUGAGACGAGAUGAGAGUGGUUGA